UGAGUAGGCUGAACAGUGGGUGGAGACCUGAAGAUUGCUGAAAGCCAGGGGAUGCAUUAUCAGACAGGGUGCAGAUUUACACACACUGUGAGCUUCCACGCUCUGCCUGCAGCAGCACAAGCCCCGCUUCCUCAGCCCGGAGCCCUUUUUACACUGCUCCCCUGAAUGACGGGUGGACGUUUCGACUUCGACGAUGGCGGCACCUAUUGUGGCGGCUGGGAAGAUGGCAAAGCCCAUGGGCACGGCAUAUGCACGGGCCCCAAGGGCCAAGGGGAGUACUCUGGUUCUUGGUCACAUGGCUUCGAAGUGGUUGGCGUCUACACCUGGCCGAGUGGCAACCUGUACCAAGGCUACUGGGCUCAGGGCAAGAGGCAUGGGCUGGGCGUGGAGACCAAGGGCAGGUGGAUGUACAGGGGGGAAUGGUCUCAUGGCUUCAAGGGGCGCUACGGGGUCCGGCAGAGUCUCACCACUCAGGCCAGGUAUGAGGGCACCUGGAGCAAUGGACUGCAGGAUGGCUAUGGUAUCGAGACUUACGGAGAUGGAGGCACGUACCAGGGCCAGUGGAUGGGGGGAAUGAGACAUGGACAUGGAGUGCGGCAAAGUGUCCCCUAUGCCAUGGCUACAGUUAUUCGUUCUCCUCUCAGAACCUCUCUGUCAUCUCUACGCAGUGAGCAAAGUAAUGGCACUGUACUUCAUGAUAUUGGAGCUGACAGUCCAGCGGGGACACGUGGGGGUUUUGUUUUGAACUUUCACAGUGAUUCAGAGCUGAUGACUGGCAAGAAGAAAGGUUUAUUCAGAAGAGGAUCUCUACUUGGUAGUAUUAAACUUAGGAAAUCCGAGUCAAAGAUCUCCAUAUCUAGCAAACGCAGCUCAGUGAGGAGUGAUGCAGCAAUGAGUAGAAUUAGUUCAAGUGAUGCCAACUCUACAAUUAGCUUUGGAGAUGGGGACUGUGACUAUUGUCCAACGGAAGAUCGCGUAGAUGCCACAACAACCGAAACCUACAUGGGAGAAUGGAAGAAUGAUAAGCGCUCUGGGUUUGGUGUCAGCGAGCGCACAGAUGGAAUGAAAUAUGAAGGUGAAUGGUUGAAUAAUAGAAGGCACGGGUAUGGAUGUACUAUAUUUCGAGAUGGCACAAAAGAAGAAGGGAAGUAUAAAAACAAUGUUUUGGUCCGUGGAAUAAGAAAGCAGCUUAUACCGAUAAAAAACACAAAAACAAAGGAAAAAGUAGACCGAGCGGUUGAGGGAGCACAGAGAGCUGCUGCUGUGGCAAGGACAAAAGUGGAGAUAGCUGCUUCAAGGACUGCACAUGCUCGCGCUAAAGGGGAUGCUGCUGAUCAGGCAAGCCAAGCAGCCCGCCAGGAAUCCGAUAUUGCAAGAGCAGUAGCUAAGGAACUGUCGCCAAGCUUCCAUCAGCCAGGGCCAGAUUAUAUGAGGCAAAAGUUUCAAGAGGUAGUAGAAGUAAAAGAAGUUGUUGAAGAAAAAGUGCAGAAGAAACCACCAUCUCCAAAGGAGUCCCCACAUUUUUAUAGAAAGGGUACCACACCACCCAAUACACCAGAAGAAAGAAGGAAGCAAACCUCCCAGUCCUCUUCACAACCUACAAAGAUAAAAAAUUCUAGCUCUUCUGCCGUUGCUCUUCAUAACCCUGAGAGGAAAAGCUCUUCGAGUGAGAAUCUACCUGCAUCUUCCAAUAAACCUUUACCUGUUAAAGCACCAGAGAAAGAAGAAGCCAUUGCAAAACCACUGCCAAAGGCGUCUUUUAGCCACAAUCCUAGCAACACCGGGAAUGGAGAACUACAUGCUGACUCUGGCUACUUUAUAAAAAUAAAUCCAUUGCUGACUUCAGAUCUGAAAGCAAAAGCCAACCCAUCAAAACCAUCUGCAUUUACAAACCUACCACAAGUCCAAAUGCCAAGUCCUAAGAAGCCUGUGGUAAAACCAGAUGCCAAAGAAAGUAGACCUGAGCCAAAACUCAAGAAGCAAGCUUCUGUGGCACCAAAGAAUGAAACAAAUAAUAACGAUUCCCUUUCUACUAUAGGAAAUGGAAUCAAUUCUAGACCCAGCUCUGUCUUGAUCAUGUUGGUCAUGCUUUUGAAUGUUGGAUUAGCCAUACUUUUUGUCCACUUUCUCACUUGAUUGCGAUUUCUGCUGGAAAGAACGUUUAGACAACCAGAGAUAUUGACGCACAAUUCCCGUCACUUGUGUCAUAAGCCGUUUUUAUGGCACCAGUCAUAUCCGGAUACGGGGAAAAGGCGGCUUGGAUUUAGAAUUGGGAGCAAAGAAAGUUGAAACUUGAAAAAAAAAUAUUAUAUGUACCGGUGGAUGGGUCUGUGAUCGUUUGAUGGUGAUUUAUGGUUCUUGAGGUUCCUUGAAACACAAGGCACUUGGCCAUGUUGGAAGACAAAGCAAAAUCUGCUGAAACAGCUUAUACGGAGAAGAUGGUUACUCCAUCUGUCCUAGAAGAGUGUGACUGGACUGGAAAUGUACAGACCUGCACUUUUAGUUGAUGGAAGCUAGCAGCUGCCUUACUAUUUUGCUGUCUGACGUUUAUGUGUGGAGAUGGGGAAGUGGGUGCCAGAGGAAUGUGGUCAGAGGAUUCAGUUGCCUGGGAUGUGAUUCCAGCUUUUGCUCCUAUCUCAGAAGAAAUAGUUUGCAGCAUCACUCACCAGUCUUAUUCCAUUACCUGCUGCUUUUGCCAUCUCCUGCAGGGUUCUGGAGGAUAGAAUUUCAUUUGCUUGUGCAUGAAUGUUUAUUUCUCUGUUUAUUUAAAUCUUAUAGAUAACCAUAACAGGUUGCCUCAACCAAAAGGAAGAGGCCAUGGUGUGGGGGUAGAGUGAGGGGGAGGGGCAGAACAAGUGACAAAUCUCUUUACGUUUCCAGAGUAGAGUUUGCCACUUGUCAUCAAUCACUGUCUAUUUUUGUACAGAUACUUUUUACGUCUCCACUUACGAAAAAUUCUCAUGGCCUUCGUGUGGCCGGCAGUGUGUUAGUUUGAUAUACUGUUGAUCAGUUCACAUCUUGUCUUCUUAUUUAAUCUUAAUUUUGGCAAGUUCACCAGAAACACAUUACAGCAUUUUGUUAAUUAAAUGCAGGGAGGAUAAUAAAUAAAAACAAAUCUAAGAAUUUAGGACAGUGUUUUAGUCCCCACAUUUUUAUACUGGUGUAUCCUGUGUGCAUAUUUUUAACAAUAUUAUGUGCAUACACACGCACAGCAUGAGUGUAUGUUAUAUAUGCACCUGGAUGAGUGUAUGCAUAUCUGUGUUUGUACUGAAGUAAUGCGAAUGCAUAUAUAUUUUUAUAACAUUUGUAUGUAUUCAUAUACUUCUA